AUGAUCAAUAGCUCGUUGGAAUCAUCUCGUCGAGACGGUUUGAAUGGUAUCAAAACCAUCUUUCUAGCAUUGAUAGAUGGCUUGUUGUUUUUGCCAAUUAAUAGAGGAGAUAAAAAUGAUGCGAAAUAUUUUAUAUCUAUUUAUCUUACGGAUAUUGUUAGGAUUAAAACCUAUAGAAUAUACGAGAUCUUCAAAUGCAAGAUUCCUAUUUCAUAUACAGAGCGGUGGUUGCUUAUAAAAAUUGCAAAUGUUGGCUUUUAUCUAGAGAAGUUGCUCAAAGAAUGUAAAUCUGUAAAAGCAAAACUAUGCGAAGAAGAUGCAAUUGCUGAUAAUGGUCGUGAUUGUGUAUCCAAUUGGAUUUCGAUUUCAGACAACACUCCUAAUUAUCCAAUAAAAAGGCCAAGGCUCAUUGAUUACGACGAUGUAAUUUUUAAUAUAAUCCGGCUUUCUACACGACUUUUAAAUACUGGUGGACUUGAUUGGAAUUAUCAAGAGUCGUCUGAGUUUGAAAUGAUACUAGUAGAGAAUGUUCGUUUUCUACAUACUUCGUACAAAAGUGAUUUAUGUGAUAAAACAACCACACCAAUUUUUUUAUGUCGUCUGAUGCCGGAUGUGGAAAAUCUUGAAUGCAACAGAGAUUCCUAG